AUGGCCUCAUUCAAGCCCUUCACCUCCUCCUUCAGUCUAUUCACCUUCUACCUUCUUCUGCUCCUCCUCUCUCCACUUUCUUCUUCUGCAACUGCAACCCCUCCUUCUGAACCAGAACCGAAGAUGGCAUACAUCAUUCACACCGACAACUAUACCAGACCCCCUCAGUUCACCACCCAAGAUAACUGGUACACUUCCAUGCUAGAAUCAGUCGUCGAAUCCAACUCCAUUCCAAGUAUCCUCUACACCUAUGACGUCGUCCUCCAUGGCUUCGCGGCGAAAUUAUCAGCUCAAGAAGCCCGAAACGUGGAGAACAUCCAUGGUGUUAUCGGUGUUUACCAAGACAGAAAGAUGCAGCUUCACACCACAAGGAGUCCAGAUUUCCUCGGGUUGAGCAAGAAUUCCGGUCUAUGGCCCGAGACCAACUUCGGUGAUGGUGUAAUAAUUGGUCUUGUUGAUACUGGAAUUUGGCCGGAAAGUGACAGUUUUAUAGACUACGAGCUCGGACCAGUUGGCCCAGAGUGGAAGGGAGAAUGUGAGAAUGGAACUCGAUUCGUCUCUAGCUAUUGCAACAACAAGCUGAUUGGUGCUAGGUUCUUCGCUGCUGGAUUCGAAGCCAUGUUUGGCCCGAUACAUGAAGACGAUGGUGAAUACAUGUCGCCACGAGAUGGAUUUGGGCAUGGAACUCACACUGCUUCAACCGCUGCAGGCGCUGAGGUUACAAAUGCGGAAAUGUUCGGAUAUGCCAAUGGAACUGCCCGAGGCAUCGCGACCAAGGCGAGGAUUGCUGCAUACAAGGCCUGUUGGUUCAGAACAUGCGUCGAUUCUGACGUUCUUGCAGCAAUGGAGAAGGCCAUUGAAGAUGGAGUUCAUGUCUUAUCAAUUUCAAUCGGUGGAAUGGGAUCCAUUCCAUACUAUGAAGACCCCAUCGCCAUUGGCGCCUUCGCGGGGGUCAGGAAGGGCAUCUUCGUCACGUGCUCAGCUGGAAAUGAAGGGCCAUCAGCCGUUACAAAUUCAGCACCAUGGAUCACAACAGUUGGAGCUGGGUCACUCGACCGGUCUUUUCCAGCACAAGUCCAGCUUGGGAAUGGAGAGCUUUAUGCAGGUCAAUCUCUCUACAAUGAGCAAGUGGACGUCAGCACCAUGUUCCCUCUUGCUUAUCUUGACUACUGCUCACACUUUGACAUAACUCCAGACAAUGUCAUGGGAAAGAUCGUAGUAUGCGACGAUGCUGAUGUUUAUGCUGGAAUUCUCGUUCAAGAUGCCGGUGGUGCGGGACUGAUCGCACUGAAUGGACAGUAUCCAGGAGAAGGUAUAAUCGUUUCUGCUUUUACAUUGCCAGCACUAACAGUGGGUUAUGAGGAAGGACAAAAGAUCAUGUCAUAUAUGAACAGUACAAAUCCAAUAGCAAGUCUCAAAUCUUCAGAUCUUACUGAAGUGGGCAAAGAUAGAGCUCCAAUGGUGGCCUACUUCUCCUCAACCGGCCCUAAUGCCAUCGUUCCCGAACUUCUAAAGCCUGAUGUCCUGGCACCUGGAUUCAACAUCCUAGCCGCAUGGGUCACGGACAAAGCACCAACUUUCGUGACAGAAGACCCAAGGAGAGUCAAAUUCAACAUAAUUUCUGGCACAUCUAUGUCAUGUCCCCACAUCGCUGGAGUGGCUGCUCUGCUCCGCAAGGCUCACCCCACAUGGUCUCCGGCUGCAAUCCGAUCAGCUCUAAUGACUACUUCCACUGCACUCGACAAUGAUUUCCGUCCUAUCCUGGUGAAUAGAGACUGGUCAAUAGCAACCCCUCUUGACUAUGGUUCUGGCCAUGUUAACCCACAAAUGGCUGAAAGUCCAGGGUUGAUUUAUGAUGCUGACAUCGCAGAUUACGUGAAUUUCUUGUGCACACUGAAUUACACCAAGAAACAGUUGCGGAGUAUUGUCAGGGGACCAAUUUCUUGUUCCAAAUCCAACAAAGGUCCUGGGCAGCUGAACUACCCAUCAUUUUCAGUGGUUUUCAGUGGUAACAGCACCAUCCAUGUCUUGACAAGGACAGUGACAAAUGUUGAGGAGCUGCCAGAGAAUUACACCGUUAGGGUCAUUAAUCAAAGGCCAGAUAAGGUGGCGAUAUUGGUGAAACCAAGGAGCUUGAUGUUCAAGCAAGCAUAUGAGAAGCAAAGUUACAGUAUCAUGUUCAAGAACAAGGUGGUGGGAAGGAGAAAUGCCACUGAAACUGAUGAUACGGAGUCUGCACACGUGAUAUGGGAGAGUGAUAAUCAUGUUGUCAGGAGUCCUAUUGUACUGACUUGGAAAGCCUGA